AAGUUCCGGCUCUGGAAAGUCUGCACGCUGCCGCUUCCACUGGCCUCCUCCGGGCGCUGAAAUGGUUGUCCUGGUUACCGUUCCUAACGGUCCCGGGCCUGAGAUUCGUUAUUGAGGGGCUGCAACCUGAGCUGUAGCCUGAAGAUGUCUUCAGCUCCUUGAAAUAUUGGCAGUGGCGGCUGGUCCACCCUGCGACGUGGAGUAAUUGAAGCUUUCAAGGUAGCUCUCAGCUAUCCCUUCCUUUCACGCCUGGGGCAAGGAAUCCUCCGAUGCUGCCAAGUUUGGAUUUUAUUCUUCGCCUCUCACGUGUGGCCAUCCUCUGCCCCUGAUCCUUUGUAUUCCAGAAAAUUGAAAUAGAAUUGGAGAAGAAAACUGACCCAUAAGAAUGUCUCAAAAAAUUGCCAAGGCAUCAAAAAAAAUAAACGUCUCUAGCUCUCUGGAAUCUGAAGAUAUUAGUUUAGAAACAACUGUUCCUACAGAUGACAUUUCCUCAUCAGAAGAGCGAGAUGGUAAAAUCAAAAUCACUAAGCAGCUAAUUGAACGGAAAGAACUACUUCAUAAUAUUCAGUUACUGAAAAUAGAGCUAUCCCAGAAAAAUAUGAUGAUCGACAAUUUGAAAGUAGAUUAUCUUACAAAGAUUGAAGAAUUGGAGGAGAAGCUUAAUGAUGCACUUCAUCAGAAGCAGCUACUAACAUUGAGAUUAGACAGCCAAUUGACUUUUCAGCAGAAAGAUGCCAGAAAAUAUCAAGAACUAAUGAAACAAGAAAUGGAAACUAUUUUAUUGAGACAGAAACAACUGGAAGAGACAAAUCGUCAGCUGAGAGAGAAAGCGGGAGAUAUUCGUCGAAACCUGCGUGACUUUGAGUUGACAGAAGAGCAAUAUAUGAAACUAAAAGGUUUUCCUGAAGAUCAGCUUUCUAUUCCUGAAUAUGUAUCUAUUCGAUUCUACGAAUUAAUGGACCCACUAAAAAAGGAAAUCUCUGAACUACAAGUGAAAAAGAAUAACCUGUCAGAAGAAUUAACUGAAAACAAAAGCCAACUGAAACAAUUGACAGAGUCUUAUGAAGAAGAUCGAAGAAACUACUGUGAGCUUCAAAAUAGAUGUCAACGUUUGGCUUUAGAAUUAGCAGACACAAAACAGUUAAUUCAGCAAGGUGACUACCGUCAAGAGAACUAUGAUAAAGUCAAGAGCGAACGUGAUACACUUGAACAGGAAGUAACUGAGUUAAGGAGAAAACAUGAAAUACUUGAAGCCUCUCAUACAAUUCAAGCUAAAGAAAGAAAUGAAUUAUCAAAAGAGGUAGCAACCUUGCAGCAGACUGUCACUUUACUGCAGAAGGACAAAGAAUAUCUCAACCGUCAAAACAUGGAGCUUAGUGUUCGUUGUGCCCAUGAGGAGGACCGCCUUGAAAGACUUCAAGCUCAACUGGAAGAAACCAAAAAGGCUAGAGAAGAGAUGUAUGAAAAAUAUGUAGCAUCCAGAGACCAUUAUAAAACAGAAUAUGAAAAUAAACUACAUGAUGAACUGGAACAAAUCAAAUUGAAAACUAAUCAAGAAAUUGAUCAACUUAGAAGUGCCUCUAGGGAAAUGUAUGAACGGGAAAACAGAAAUCUCCGAGAAGCAAGGGAUAAUGCUUUGGCUGAGAAGGACCGAGCAGUGAUGGCUGAAAAGGAUGCUUUAGAAAAACAUAAUCAGCUCUUAGACAGGUACAGAGAACUACAACUUAGUACAGAAAGCAAAGUAACUGAAUUUCUCCAUCAAAGUAAAUUAAAAUCUUUUGAAAGUGAGCGCAUGCAACUUAUCCAAGAGGAAACUGCGAGAAAUCUCUCACAGUGUCAAUUGGAAUGUGAAAAAUAUCAGAAAAAACUGGAGGUUUUAACUAAAGAAUUUUAUAGUCUCCAAGCCUCUUCUGAAAAACGCAUUACUGAACUCCAGGCACAGAACUCUGAGCAUCAGGCAAGACUAGACAUUUAUGAGAAAUUGGAAAAAGAGCUUGAUGAAAUAAUAAUCCAAACUGCAGAAAUUGAAAAUGAAGAUGAAGCUGAAAGGGUUCUUUUUUCCUAUGGUUAUGGUGCUAAUGUUCCCACAACAGCCAAAAGACGACUAAAACAAAGUGUCCACUUGGCAAGAAGAGUACUUCAAUUAGAAAAACAAAACUCGUCAGUUUUAAAAGACCUGGAACGUCAAAAGGACCAAGUAACACAGCUUUCACAAGAGCUUGACAGAACCAAUUCUCUGUUAAACCAAACUCAACAGCCCUACAGAUACCUCAUUGAAUCCGUGCGUCAGAGAGAUUCUAAGAUUGAUUCACUGAAGGAGUGUAUCACACAGCUUGAGAAAGAUGUCAGCAAUUUAAAUAAAGAAAAGUCAGCUUUACUACAGAUGAAGAAUCAAAUGGCAUUAGAUUUAGAGCAACUUCUAAAUCAUCGUGAGGAAUUGGCAGCAAUGAAACAAAUUCUCACUAACAUACGCAGUAAGCGCCCCGAGGACAGGUUACUUCUGACUAAAACGGAAUCAAAAAAGAUGACAGGAAAUCAAAAAUCAAAGACUUUGAAUGUGUCUAGAGAACAUGAAGACAAUAUAUUUAUACCCAAACCAACACUCUUUACCAAAAAAGAAGCACCUGAGUGGUCUAAGAAACAAAAGAUGAAGACCUAGUGUUCUGAAUGGAUUUGCUAUAUCAUUAUUUACUCCCGAAGUUCUUUAUCUGAUGAACAAGAAGUUUAUCUUAAUCAUGUGCUUG